AUGAAGUCCGCUUUUGUUCUCGCUGCCCUGGGAGCAUUCUGUGCAGCGGCCUCUGCGCACGCAGAACAUAACCAUGAGAUGCUCCACAAGAUGAUGAGGAAAGCCCGCGACGUGUCUCCCAGUGAUACCACAAACAAUGCCACCUGUGGUUGUGUCACGUCCGUGUCAACCUGGUAUGGCGAAGCAACGUUGGUCCAGCCAACUACCACAUCACCGCUCACCACUACCCAAACCAGCACAUCUUACUCAACUAUCACUGUGUAUGCUACCAACAACGCUCCAGCUCCAUACACUUCUUUCUCCUCGACGGGUGUCUACACUAUUCCCAAGACUGCCAUUACCCUCACUUCCACUGUUGUGGUUCCAUGUCCCACAGCUUCUUCUUCCGACACCUAUGCGCCAGGCACCUAUACCAGACAUGAGACGACCAUGACAAUCACCGCUACCAACUCCGUCUAUGUCUGCCCUUUCACCUCUGUCGCAGCACCAACAAGUGAAGCUUCGGCUCCAGCUGCUCACAGUGAAGCUCCUGCCCCACCUCCAGCAUCACCAACAGAGCCAGCACCGUCGUACUCAGCUCCUGCAUCAUCUAAGAGUCCCAACCCUGCACCUUCUGGCAAUGCAGGUUCCUCUCCGAUCUCCAGUAACGGCAACCAAUGGGCCAUGACAUACUCUCCGUACACUGCUGCAGGCGGUUGUAAGGAGGCUGGCGCAGUCUCCGCCGACAUAUCUUCUAUCAAGUCUGCAGGUUUCACCACCGUCCGUCUUUACUCAACGGACUGCUCCGGUUUGCAAAAUGUUGGCAACGCCUGCAAGGAAUAUGGUCUCAAACUUGUUCUGGGCGUCUUCAUUGACAACAAAGGUAUCGACGCUGCACGCCCACAAGUCACCGAUAUUAUCUCCUGGGGCCAGUGGCAGAUAGUUGAACUAAUUGUCAUUGGCAAUGAAGCUCUUUUCAACCAGUACUGCGACGCAGGUGCCCUUGCCGGCUUCAUUGCUGACAGCAAAGCUCAAUUCCAAGCUGCCGGCUACGGAGGCCCAUGCACCACAACCGAAACCCUCAACAUCUGGCAGCAAAGCGGUUCCUCCCUUUGCGGUGUCAUAGACGUUGUUGGCGCAAACGUACACCCCUUCUUCAACGCCGAAGUCUCACCUGAUCAAGCCGGUUCAUUCACAGCUGGUCAGAUCGAAAUCCUUGGCAAGGUCUGCCCCGGUAAGGAGGUCUAUAACCUCGAAUCUGGAUGGCCUCACUCUGGCCAAGCCAACGGUAAGGCUACACCUGGGGUGGAGGCCCAGAGCAUAGCUAUCAAAAGUAUCAUGAAGAAUGUGGGCGCCAAGACUAUCUUCUUCAGCUUUGAGGAUGAUUUGUGGAAGCAGCCAGGUCAGUUUGGUGUUGAGCAGAGUUGGGGGUGCACCAAGGUCUUCUCUGGAUAG